AACAGCAUUUCCUGACUUCCCUUGCUCCAGAUGUGAUCGUGGUUUCUUUGAUUUAGUUCUUCAAAAAUAUUUUUCUGUCAGAGAAAUUACUUUUGACAUUUAAAAAAAUUAUCUUCUUAGUUUCUACGACAACUAAAAUCCGCAGAGUGCUAGUGAAUCAAUCAGAAUGUGGUUCGCUGCGGCUGCAAACAGGCCAGGCUGAUAAUAAGAUUAGGAUGAGGUUUGUCUAUCUUCAAUUUAUUCUGUAUAUAUUUAUUUAACAACUUUAUAAACAACCCUGACAAAUAAUACCGUAGCACAAUCAGAACAUUUCAAAACGAAUGAUCACCGCACAUGAUUGAGGAGUUUUACUUGUUUGCCACAGUCGACAGUUUCAUCAGACAGACAGAGGGCGCUAAGUUCCAGAGUGCGAGGGCAGGGCCCCUUCACAUUAGGGAAACAAUCACGGGGUUAAUACAGUGGAGGUUUGAGAAGAAUCCGUGGAACAAGAGCUCGUUUGUAAUCUCAUUGGAAACAAACGAUGUUUGACUCCAAUGCACUUUCCUGGCGAGCGUCUAGUCAGCUAGCCAGUUUAUAAUCUUUCUCGCCAUUGAGAGAGGCAAGGGAGAGAGAAGGGGCUAGAAGGGAGACUGGGAUGAUCAAAGUUCGAGGCUGUAUCAAAGUCAAGACGCAAGGAACUAAAAGGGACGUUUUAGAGGGAUCAAGUUAUCAAACUAUAUCUUUAUUAUAUUAGAUAUAGAUCAAGGUCCGGGCAAUAGAAACUUAAGUUUUUGGCUCAAAAGUUUUGAGUUGUUUGUGUCUGCUGAUUCACAAUUUCGGGGAGAUCUGAGGACAAGAUGUGAAGCAUCCACAACCAUGUGUGUUUUGUGUUUUAUGGUUGUGUCAUUUCCACUUUCUGUCUGAUGUCAUGAAGAUGGGACGCUGCAGUGCGGAGAGCGAAGCCGGCGCCGGCGGCUGAUAGGCCCUCCACUGGCCAAUCAGGAUGCACCUUGCUUCAGUGGGCUCCAGCAAGCUGUGCUUUCUGUUGUCACUGGCAUUCUGCGGCCUCCUGCUGCUCCUCAUCCCAGCCUUUCAGCCCACCCCACACCAGGCUGACCUGCCCCCGCCUCGUCCCCACCCCAGGCCUGCCCGUGUGGGCAAACGGCCUGCCAACACCCCCCGCAAUCCUGGAGGUCUGGUAGUCCCUCUCCAGGAAGAAGGGCUGACCCUUGGGCAUAAUGUGAGCUCUGUGGGGCAGGGAAGACCCAGAGACACUCAAACCAACAGGGAGGGUGGCCGUGCACCUAUAGCAGGGCAAAGGGAUCUCCCGAACACAAGGAGGAGGACAGACUCACAUAGAGGCCCAGCGGAGGGCUCCCUACCUGGGGUGAGGGGAGUAGGUUUCAGGUCUAGGGAACCUCUGGAGCCGAAGGACAUCUUCCUGGCAGUGAAGACCACCAGGAAGUACCACAAAUCCCGCCUGGAGCUGCUGCUGCAGACCUGGGUGUCCAGGGCCAGAGAACAGACCUUUAUAUUCACUGAUGGGGAGGACAAGGAGCUAAGGAAAACAGGAGCAAACAUCAUCAACACCAACUGUUCAGCAGCUCACACACGUCAGGCGCUCUGCUGUAAGAUGUCGGUGGAGUACGACAAGUUCAUUGAGUCACAGAAAAAGUGGUUCUGUCACUUGGAUGACGAUAACUACGUAGUCCUCCCCAGCCUGCUGGUCCUGCUGUCGUCCUAUCACCACAGCCAGGACGUGUACCUGGGCCGGCCCAGUCUGGACCACCCUAUAGAGGCUGCAGAGAGGGUCAAGGCUGAUGGAUCUGCGUCGGUGAAGUUCUGGUUUGCCACAGGGGGAGCUGGGUUCUGCAUCAGCCGGGGCCUGGCGCUGAAGAUGAGUCCGUGGGCCAGUCUGGGGAACUUCAUCAGCACGGCGGAGAGGAUCCGUCUCCCUGACGACUGCACGGUGGGCUACAUCAUCGAGGCUCUGCUGGAGGUGUCGCUGACCCACACGCGCCUGUUCCACUCCCACCUGGAGAACCUGACCCGCCUACCCUCCAACACUCUGCUGCAGCAGGUCACUCUGAGCUAUGGAGGCUUUGAAAACCGCAGGAACGUGGUCAGCAUUGGAGGAGCCUUCCCUCUGGUUGAAGACCCUUCACGGUUUAAGACAGUCCACUGCCUCCUGUACCCAGACACGGACUGGUGCCCCAGUAAGAAUCAACACCACUAAAGACCACCACUCUACCCCAACAUCCACCAGUCUGAUUACUCUCCCGCCUUAAUAGUCACUCUGCAGGAGCCUCUAUCCAAAGUGACUUGCUGUUUUUUGUCUACAUUUAUGCACCCCUAUGCAUAAUGCUCCCGUCAACCGUCGCCACAGCGAUCCUUCUCACCACUUCCUGUUGUAAUUUUUUUUUCUCUUCCAUGUCUGAAUUCCAACUGGUAAACUGUACGUGUGUUUGAAUGAGUGCUGAGGUACAGAACUGAUAUAAAAGCUUAUAGUUACUGAACAGGGUGAAGUGUUUAUUUAUUAAUAUCUGAGUUUUCUUUCAUUUAAGGGCUGGUUUAGUUUACCAAAUUUGACCAGACAGUGUUAACGAUGAGAGAAUGUGGGUCAAGUCGCAUGCCUUUAAACAAUGUAAGAUUAUUUUUUUUAUUUUUUGUAAUUCUCCAACCAGGAUCUAUUUGUGUGUAUGUGUGUCAACAAAGCCAUCAUAAUUGUGUACGGAAUAAUGCCCUUUAACACAACUGUUGUAUUCUUUUCUGAAAGACGAUUGGCCUUCCUAUGACGUUUGCACUGUUCGAGAACUGUUCCCUCAGAUCAUCUUACUUCCUGCCUGCUCUGUUCUGUGGCCCUUCCAGUAUUGUUUUGUGAGUUGGAAUAGUACGUUUGAUCUCCCGCUCAAUCUUUUGCACAAAAACACUAGAAUCCAAAAACAUAGCCUGCAUGUGUCCAUCCCUCCAUCUGCCCCUACUGCAGGCCAGUGGGGGAGGCAGACAGAGCAACACUCCUACUCUUGCCUGUCAGGAUUUGUUUUCCUUAACUUCUUCUGUUGUUUGUUGUUAUCUGAAUAAAGCAUGUGUGUUGCAUUACCAAAUAACUGGUUUCUUAAAGUAUUUUUUACAAUUGUUCUAUUACAGGCUUUAUCUGAACUUCUGUAUCUGAAAAAAAUAUGUAAGAAAUCAUAAAAUAAACUGAAUGCUCCUAUUUUCAACAUUUGAUUAACAAAUAAAAAAGAAUGUGCAGAG